AUCUCAUUUUAAAACGGCUCGUCGACUGGUAAAGUCUUCGGUCAAUUACCUAGAGUUACAGUAGGCAUAGUUAAUAAUGGCUGAUAAUAUAAAUAUAGUAGAACCUCCUCCUAGAAAAGAAAGCGAAGGAGAAGUUAAAAGGAAGAGUGUGGCUGGCAAACCGUUGGAGUUAGAUGAUGUUCUGGUCAACGAAUUGGGACAAUUCGGGUUGUUUCAACUGAGGAAUAUUCUAUUGGUUUCUUUGCCUAUCAUCGCCUCGGCUUUUAUGAGUGAAUACAUAUUCUCGGCGGCUGCAAUUCCACAUAGAUGUCAGAUACCAGAAUGCGGUGAAACCGGAAAAGAUUUUGAAUACGAACCACAUUGGAUUCUGAACGCGGUUCCCGAAACCAGCUCUGGAUUUUCAAGCUGUGAAAGAUUCGCUCCCACACAGGGCACAGGACUCAAUGGGAGUCUGCUCUCCUGUCCCGCUAAUCUCUUCGAUCGGCCGAACACCGUUGCCUGUGAUGGCUUCGUUUACGCAAGAGAUAAUUCUGUUGUUUAUGAUUUCGACCUUGGUUGUCAAGAAUGGUUGCGGGCUUUGGCGGGCACACUGAGCAGCGUGGGCACUCUCCUCGUCUUGCCCAUCACUGGGUUCAUCUCCGAUAAGUAUGGGCGACGCUUGGCGCUCAUUAUCAGCGUCUUCAACCUAGCUCUUUUGGGCCUCAUCCGCGCCUUCUCCGUUAACUACACUAUGUACCUUGUACUACAACUAUUGCAGACUACCUUAGGGGCUGGAACUUUUAGCUCCGCUUAUAUCUUUGCGGCGGAACUGGUGGGUCCCAAGUAUCGUGUGAUCACAAGUGCAACGUCGUCGUCUAUGUUCGCGGUGGGGCAAGUUGUGCUGGGAGGUGUGGCGUGGGUGGUACAGCCUUGGCGCUACAUGAUCAUGGCUCUACACAUCCCCUGCUUCCUCAUCAUAGUCUACUACUGGAUCCUCACGGAGAGUGUGCGCUGGCUACUCUCAAAACGCAAAUACGUGGAGGCACGCGCCGUCCUCGAGAAUGUUGCCAGGGUCAACAAGACUUUUAUCAGUGAUAAGUCUAUGGAAGCCUUAAUGAAUCCACCAGCUGUCACUCAAAAGGUCGAAUCAAAUAUAAUACAAGCAAUCUUCAAAUCAAGAGUGCUGUUACGUCGAGUAUGCACAACUCCUAUCUGGUGGAUUACGACUACAUUUGUCUACUAUGGCCUCUCUAUCAAUUCUACUAGUCUUUCAGACACAAUGUAUCUGAACUUUAUUCUGACUUGCGCUAUCGAAAUCCCUGGCUACGCCACCGCUGUUCUUAUCCUUGACAGGAUCGGCAGAAAGGCCACGCUUUCUGGUGGUUUCUUCAUAAGUGCGGCCUGCAACAUCGCAUUUGCUUUUAUACCAGCAGAACUGAACAUCCUUCGGUUGGUAAUCUACCUACUGGGUAAGUUCGGUAUAUCUGUGGUGAUGACGUCACUGUAUUUGUUCACCUCCGAGCUGUACCCGACCGAGUACCGGCACACGCUGCUCGCCUUCUCCUCCAUGAUCGGAAGGAUCGGCUCCAUCAGCGCGCCGCUUACACCCGUACUGAUGGAGUAUUGGAAUGGUAUACCGUCCAUGAUGUUCGGUGUGAUGGGUCUGCUGUCAGGUCUGUUGGUGUUGACUCAACCAGAGACCCUGGGCACCAAAAUGCCCGACACUCUCGCGGAGGCGGAGGCCCUCGGCAGACCUGAGUCCAAGUUACAAGGGAAUUAACUUAUGGAUCUGACUAGAAGAUAGUUUUAAAGAUAAUUAUGAGAAGAUGAUUGAAAAUAUGGUCUUAGAUACCAGAUAAACAUAGUAAAUGCUGUUACAAAUUUUAUUUAUUAUAAAUUGAAUAAAAGUCAUUCAACGUACUUUGUUUUGACCUUGGCAUUAAGA